CCGUUAAGGAUGGGGUUCGGCACGACCGCCGACCAGAGCUGUAUGGCCUACGAGGGGAUGAGCGGCGGCGGCCUUUCACUGAAUGAAUGGCAGAGCCGGUCGCUCAGAAACUCGCCGGCCAUACAGCUCCUACAUCAAUAUAACUGUGGAUGGGGUCUAUCAGUGAACCAUGGUCAUAGCGUGCCCAUCAUGCAAUUGGUCAGCGAUUUGGGCGCCAUAUCACCCGAAGCCAAUAUAUUUACCCUAUUUCUGACCAUAGAAGGGGUGUUAAUGUACAUAACCUGUGCCGUUAGAUACGCCAUGGUCAAAUCACACAUUGAUAACGACAAUAAUAAUAACAAUAGCGACAAAAAUGUUAAAUAUAAUCCAGGUCGCUUAAAACUGUAUAAUAAACUGUCCUUGAUCAGUGGUUUGGCAAUGGGCUGUGGUUUCAUAGGAUGCGCCAGUUUUCGCACAUCAGAGGGACUGGCAGUCGUGGCGCUACACCUGAUUAGCUCCACACUAUUCUAUGGGCCAAUAAUCGGUGACAUGGCUUUGCAAAGUGCCAUUGCAUUCGCACAAUCCCGUCCGGGUGUGGGGCGAUUCCGGCGCAAUCUGGCCAUUGUGCAAUUUAUUUUAUCAAACGCGUAUAUAAUAUUUUUAUUUUGGUCGUGGUGGUCGCUCACCGAUAAACAAGUAAUAUACGACUUUAAUACCAGGGUCAAUUGGUCGAGCGAUCAGCCUGUAAAGUCAGUCAAACCAAAAGCAAUGGAAAUGGUUUAA